CUCAUCCCCUCUCUCUCAACUCUGCCCUCAGAGUUACUUCUGUGCUCGUCGUCUCGCUCUGUGCUCGUCGUCAUCUACUCUGCCUUUUUCCUCCUGCUCGGGGAAUGAUGGAGCUUGGACUGAGAUGGCUGAAUCUGAUCUACUUAGCGGCUCUGUGCCUCUCGCUCUCCCAGCCCGGACACUCAAACACAAAAAAGGCCUCCAAGAUACCACGCUGUCCUGCGACCUGCUCGUGUACUAAAGACAGCGCCUUCUGUGUGGACACCAAGGCGAUACCAAAAAGCUUCCCCCCUGGGAUCAUCUCUCUGACGAUGGUGAAUGCAGCAUUUACUACAAUCCCACAGGGAGCUUUCUCACACCUUCACCUGCUCCAAUUCCUGCUCUUGAACUCCAACACAUUCACCACCAUUUCUGAUGGUGCAUUUGAGGGUCUAUCUCAUCUGCAGUACCUAUUUAUUGAGAAUAAUGACAUCCAGACCCUCUCUCAGUAUACUUUCAGAGGACUGAAAUCUCUGACUCAUUUAUCCCUCUCCAACAACAACCUGCAGCAGCUGCCCAGAGAUUUAUUUAAGCAUCUUGAUAUCCUUACCGAUUUGGACCUCCGAGGAAACUCCCUGCGUUGUGACUGUAAAAUCAAGUGGCUGAUUGACUGGAUAGAAAAUACCAACACUUCCGUUCCUUCUAUCUACUGUGCAAGCCCGUUUGAAUUCCAGGGUCGCAGAGUCCAUGAUCUUGCCCCACGAGACUUUAACUGCAUCAGUGCAGAUUUUGCUGUUUAUGAAAUGUUCCCAUUCCACUCCGUGUCAGUGGAGUCUUAUGAGUUCAGUGGCGACCACUUUGUAACCUUUGCUCAACCUGAUUCGGGUUUCUGCACUCUGUAUGUGUGGGAUCAUGUGGAAAUGACCUUUAGGACUUUCCAUAACAUUACCUCUCGCUCAGCAGUGUACUGCAAACCAGUGGUGAUAAACAAUGUGCUGUACAUGGUCGUGGCACAACUUUUUGGUGGUUCUCAUAUCUACAAGUGGGAAGAGGACCCACAGCGUUUUGUGAAGAUCCAAGACAUUGACACAACUCGCGUGAGGAAGCCCAACUUCGUCGAGACCUUUCAGCUGGAUGGUGAAUGGUACUUUGUAGUCGCGGACAGCUCCAAGGCCGGUUCAACCAGCAUUUACCGUUGGAACAGCAAUGGUUUUUACUCCCAUCAGUCCCUCCAUCCUUGGCAUCGCGACACCCACGUAGAGUUCCUCGAUGUUGGAGGAAAGGCUCACCUCAUCCUUUCCAGUGUCACUCAAACACCGUUGAUUUAUCAAUGGAACCGAGGGCAGAAGCAGUUUGCUUUGUUCUCCCAAAUCACAGAGCAAGCUGACGUUCAGAUGGUUAAGCACUUUUGGAUCAGGAAGGUUCUUUACCUUUGCCUCACUCGCUUCAUAGGUGACUCAAAGAUCCUCCGCUGGGAAGGGCAACGUUUCAUCGAGAUUCAGGCCCUUCCCUCUCGCGGCUCAAUGGUAGUGUAUCCUUUCACAGUGGGACUGCGUCACUAUCUCAUCCUUGGAAGCGAUUUUUCUUUCUCCAGAGUGUACUUAUGGGAUGAUCUCACUCAGCGCUUCCAGCCCUUCCAAGAACUCAACAUGAGAGCACCAAGAGCCUUCAGCUUGGUGUCGGUAGACAACAAGGACAUUAUGUUGGCCGCCAGCUUCAAGGGCAACUCCGUGGCUUAUCAGCACCUGCUAGUGGAUCUCAGUGCCAAGUAGAAAUAUGACGGUCAAAAAGACAAGAUGACAUGUGCCAAAAAAUGGUAGGAAAGUUUUUGGAAAAUGUAUUGUUGAUGUUGUAAAUGAUUAAUUUAACAUUUUUUUGAGAAAAUGUAUUUUAGGACUUAUCCCUGUGAAUCUGAA